AUGACCAAGAAUGGGAUCGCUGAGUCCAACAGCCAAGACCACUGGAUCCUGGGUAGUGUGGGCUUCAUUUAUGAUUUGAAAAGACAGAGGCAAGCUGAACAAGUAAUUUUCACAGGCCCAGAGCCAAACAGACAAAGACUCGCUCCAUUGGCCACUGGGGACAGGCACCAGACUUUGUGGAUGAAAAUCAAACAAAAAUCUCUUGAUUUCCCAAGUGUAUCACCAUCCAACUCUAUCUCCAUCAACCUGCCUCUUGUGGGUUUUCACUUGGAUUCAAGACUGGCAUUGUGCAACCAAGGACAGUUUAGCAGUUACGAGCCUGAGCUGAAGGUCAUGUUAUUGAUCUUAGUGUCAGGGAAGAUAGUGUUGAUUGUUAAAAGGACAUCUGCAAGGCAGGAUGAUGACAAGAAGGGUAGCCAUACACCUGCAGGAACUCUCAUUCAUGCUCAGUCAUCCAUCUCUAUCUCUGCUUGGUGA